GUUAGAAAGAGAGAGAGGAGGAGGAGUAGAAGAUAUAACAAGCGCGUCCGUCGAUGUGCGCAGUAUUCGCACUUGCAAAGCCUCCAUCCAAGUUAUUUUCUUUUUUUCUUUUUUUUUGUUAAACUUCACACUUUUUUUCUUGGGUUAUUUUUUUUUUAUAAUUGUUUUUUUUUUGGAAGCUCUGAAAAGUUACCUCCAAACAUUUAAUUUGUAAAAAAAAAAAAAAAGGACUGAGACCCUGCUUGUAUUAUACGCAGCGUGCGUGGAGAUUUGGGAGCCCGGAGCGUGGAGUUGUCCAAUGCAAAAGUACACGUAUGAGAAAGCCAUGGCUCAAGAGACACGGAACGGCGGCGCGUCCACGCUGAACAAUAACAACGUCGACAACAGCAAGAGGAAGCUCCUCGUGGCCCUGGACAUCUUCUGUCUCCUCCUCGCUAGCCUGCCUUUCCUGAUCAUUGAGACUAGCACCAUAAAGCCGUACCAGCGCGGGUUUUACUGUUCGGACGAGUCCAUCCGCUUCCCCCAAAAAGAGGGCGACACCAUUAGCGACGCCGUGCUUUGCGGUGUCGGCAUUCUUAUUGCCAUCGUCUCUAUCGUGAUCGGAGAGUCCUACAGGAUUCACCAGCUGCACGAGGGCACUAAGUCCUUCGUGGGGAACCCCUACGUGGCGGCCCUCUACAAACAGAUUGGCGUCUUUAUCUUCGGCUGCGCCGUCAGCCAGUCCUUCACGGACAUCGCCAAGGUGUCGGUGGGCCGGAUGAGGCCGCACUUCCUGGACGUGUGCAAGCCGGAUUUCUCCGCCAUCAACUGCUCGCUGGGCUACAUCAUGGAGUACACCUGCAGCGGCAAGGACAGCGACGUGCAAGAGGCCAGGAAGUCCUUCUUCUCCGGACACGCCUCUUUCUCCAUGUACUCCAUGCUCUACUUGGCGUUGUAUCUCCAGUCCCGGUUCACGUGGCGCGGCGCCCGCCUCCUCCGCCCGCUGCUCCAGUUCACCCUGCUUAUGAUGGCCUUCUACACCGGCCUGUCCCGCGUCUCCGACCACAAGCACCACCCCACCGACGUCCUGGCGGGCUUCGUGCAGGGAGCCCUGGUGGCCUGCUGCAUAGUCUUCUAUGUGUCCGACCUGUUCAAGCCCAGGGUCCUGCCGGCCACACCCCCUCCGUCGCCCAUUAAGAAGGAGCUGCUGCCCUCCUCUGACAUCAUCGACAGGAACAACCACCACAAUAUGGUGUGAGCCGGCCCCUUCCUCCUCCUCCCCGCGACAGGGCGGCCAAUCAGGGCGCUGCUUUCCUCCCAUUGGACAAUAGAAUGUAGCGGCCCCUCCCACUUUUUCCUCUCAAUCCCCACCGCGGAUCGGGACUUCCGCGUUACGUUAACGACUAAUCAACGGCAAAAAGCGUUUUUUUUUAACGAGGAAUCCGACAGGCGGAGCUUGAAGGAGGUCAUUAAAAAAAAAAAAAUUAAAGUAAAUGAAGAAAUUCUAGCGACGUUUACUCGCUGAAGUCUCCGUGGCCUUGGAGGAGCAACAAGUUCCUGUGCGGCAGGAAGGAUUUUGACUGCGGCAAAAUGUAAUUUAAAGCACUGUUUGUUUUUGUUUGUUUUUGUUUGGAAGUUCACCACUCGCUGCCUGGCGCGCCUCCCGGGCGAAAACUCCCAACUUUUUCUCCCCCCCUCCCGACGUCAGCCCCUUCAGGCUGUCCACCACGGAGCGCGCUCAGUGCAGCCCAAAACCGGGGAUGUUGCAUUGAAUUCGAAGGCAAGUGGGCGUGGCUUUUCCUGGGGGGGGGCGUGGCCCCUCUCUGAAAAGGCUGGCCAUAAUGCCACACGGUGUGGGGAUGAUUGGUGCUCCCCCCUGCUGGCGGGGAGGAGCUUCCACGCAACCCAAUGACUGGGGGCGGGUGUUGUUGAUGUUUUGUCUUUGUGAAUAAGUGUGUACAGGUGUGAGCGUUGUGCACUGUCCAAAAAAUUUUUGGGCGUGUGUGUCCAAAAACAAACCCUGUGUAUAUUAAAAAAAAAAAAAAAAAAAAAAGUUGUGGUUCUAAAAAAAAAAAAAACUGUGGAUCUUAAUGUUCCUUCUAAAUGUCACAGCUCCAGUUUCGGUCGUCACAUUGUUGCACAUCUUCAUCGUACAGUCCGUCCGAUCACUUCUCAAAGACAUAACUUGUUUUUAUAUAUAUAUAAAUGUAUAAAUAUGUAUAGAUCACUAAAAAAAACAAAAAAGUAACCGUGUACAUGUUUAUAUAUAUCCACUAUGAUUACAGACCUGUGUUCUCUACCAAGUGCUGCUUGGAACGCAAUCAGCCAACAUGACUUUUUGUAUUUAGCGGAGUGGACAAGUGUAGAUUGUCAUAGUAAAGUUUGUACUACGCACCUCGUUUUUAUUACAGUCCAUAUUAGUAUUUUUGUAUUGUCUGUUGUUUUUUUUUUUGUAUGGAAGAAAUAAAUAGUGGCAAUGCUGUUGUUUGUUCGGCAAAAGUGUACUUAGCUCUACUACGUGUGCUUUGAAAUAAAAAAAGCUCAUCAAAAAGUG